CCUGGAAAGCCACGCAGUUCCUAACCAAGUAUUCUAUUUUGUUUUUUAUUUUCACUACAACGCCAUCAAAUUUGAAAAAAAGGAUCGGACGUUUAAAGCCUUCUGAAGCCACCUCCUUGGACACACCUGCUUUCUCAGAGUGUAAUCAACACGUGGGAAUAAUUUACAUCAAACAACACCCCACCGCUCAUUCCCAUUGGAUCAAAACUGGCAGCAAUGCAGGCUGGUCUUCAGGUAACCAGCAGCACUUCUGUCCAGAUCCUGCCAAAGCCUGGGACUGUAAAAAACACCCACCAGCCCUUCCUGGUCCAGGCCAUUAUCAAUCCUAAGCGAGGUAUGGAAGGACCACUCCAGACCCCACAGCCCCCCAGGACCUGCGGCUCACCCGGACCUUCUGGGAAGUCCUGCUGGAGCUUGGAUGCCAGAGUGGCCGUGCUUCUGGUGACCCUGGCAGGAGCUCUAAUCCUGCUGCUGCUCUACAAACUCCUGCAGCUGAAACACAGGCUGAGGUUGGCCAGGGCGAGGCAUGCGCUGGAGUACUACAGCUUCUACCACACCGCCACCUACACCCUCAAACACGCUGCGCCGUGUCAGGACCUGCCGGACAAAAACGGGACGGUCCCUGAAUCUACUCCACCUGUACAAGUCGCAACCCCGGUGACCCCAACUGUUGUCGCACCGCUUCCACCUCCACCGGUGCCCUCUCCACCUCCACUGCCACUCCCCCCACCUCCUGUCCUCCCCACUCCACCUUCAGUCCUGGCCUUCCCUAUCCCGUUGCCUGUGUUCCACACCACCCCGCCCAGCCCACACCUGUCGUGGGGCGCCUGCUCGGACGCGGAUGUGUACUCUCGGAUUGGAGCUUUCAGGCCCUCCAGACUCUCCAGUCUCUCCAACCACUCGAAAGUUAUCCUUUUUGAACACUCGUCCUUCUGACCCCAGAACAUGACUGAAGACAUCAACAAUUUGAGAAGACUUUAAUGAUUACCAAAAACAUGUUCGUCUGAUGGAGUGGUAUUCACCUGUGGAUGAGUGUGUUUGCCAUGAGUACUGUAUACUGGUAUACACAGUUUACCUACAGUAUGUUCUUAAUUAUAGCAGCUGUACUCGAUAUUCAGAACAAAAAGUGGUCUAGGAUAGCUUCCACACAACUCUCAAAG